UUUCUCGCAUAACUAAUAAUAUUAGGUCAUGGCAGUAUUGUAUUUCGUUGGAAUCAGAAGCCAGGAGCAAAGAUGAGCAAGCAAGGUCCGCCGAAGCACCAAAACAAGUACGCAUGGAAGCCCCACGCCGGUAUCAAGAUCAACGAAACCGAAGUUGGAGGAAGGUUUAGGCCGCUGUCGGAGGUAACGGGGGUGUGCCCUCGUUGUAAAGAACAGAUCGAAUGGAAGCGCAAGUACGGAAAAUACAAACCCCUCGUUGAGCCUGCCAAAUGUCAACGAUGCUCCAAACGUAACGUUCGUCAAGCUUACCACAAUCUGUGCACGGCUUGUGCUAAGGAACAAAAUGUGUGCGCCAAGUGUUCUUGCCGUGUUGGUAGUAUAAUUGGAAGGGACUGUUCAGAAGUGGAGGCUGAGAAGAAGAUGCUUGAGGAGGCCAUUAAGAAUGCUCGGGAGAGGGAUAGGAGAUCUUUACUGCGUGCUAUGAAUAAAGGAAAAUCUCAGACUUCAGCAAAAACCCCAACAAAUAAUGAAAGUAAGGUUGGGGAAUUAUUCACAGCUGCAUCACUCGAGGAGUAUGCAGAGUUUAGUAGAGAUGACGAAGAUGACAAUAACAACGAAGACAAUGGCCAAGUUCUUAACUAAGUGGCAUGGCCAAGUUCUUAACUGAGUGGUUUAAUUGACACUUAAAGCCGGAUUUGGUAGUGAAUCUCCCUUCAAAACCCUUCAUACAUGCACUACAGAGACAUUAAUUUGUUGUUUUUUGUAUUAACAGUUUAGCUUGAAUAGCAUGCUUAGCGAAAAUGAGUCCUGGUUUUUUGUCUGGACAAUUUAAGUUAUCCAAUUUCUUCUGUUUUUCC